CUUUUCAUUCCCUAUUCCUUCCUUCAAACCAAGUUAGGUGGUUGGUGACGCCUUUUCCUCCAUACCCACCUAACUUCUUCUUCUUCUUCUUCGUCUUCCUUUGACACUAAUAAAUCCUCCUCAAGAAACACACAGAGAGAUAACAAUGGCGCAGGUGAGCAAGAUGUCGAAUGGGAUCCAAUCUUACAACUUCAGCUCAACUCUACCCAGCAACAGAAAUGGGAUACCUAAACUGGGUUCCAUCUCGUUUGGAUCAAAACCAAUGAUUUCAUCCAAAUUAUUCACUUUUAAUCAGUCUUCUUCACUUCGAGUUAGUUCCCCAUUUAGGGUUUCUGCAUCUUUAGCAACUGCAGAGAAACCUUCAACAGUACCUGAGAUUGUUUUGCAACCCAUUAAGGAGAUAUCUGGUACGGUCAAAUUGCCUGGAUCGAAAUCCCUAUCGAAUCGCAUACUGCUUCUUGCUGCCCUGUCUGAGGGAACAACUGUUGUGGACAACCUGUUGGAUAGUGAUGAUGUUCAUUAUAUGCUUGGUGCUUUGAGAACACUUGGGCUUAAUGUAGAAGAAGAUUAUGUAAUCAAACAGGCAAUAGUUGAAGGUUGUGGAGGUUUAUUCCCUGUUGGAAAGGAAGCUUCCAAUGAAGAAAUCCAGCUGUUCUUAGGAAAUGCAGGAACAGCUAUGAGACCAUUGGCGGCUGCUGUAACUGCUGCUGGUGGUAAUUCGAGUUAUGUACUUGACGGAGUCCCACGAAUGAGGGAGAGACCAAUUGGCGACUUGGUCUCAGGUCUUAAGCAACUUGGUGCAGAUGUUGAUUGCUUUCUUGGCACAAAAUGCCCUCCGGUUCGUGUAGUUGGAAAGGGUGGCCUUCCAGGGGGAAAGGUAAAGCUUUCUGGAUCAAUUAGUAGUCAAUACUUGACCGCACUUCUCAUGGCGGCUCCUUUGGCUUUAGGUGACGUAGAAAUCGAGAUCAUUGAUAAACUUAUAUCUAUACCCUAUGUGGAGAUGACACUCAAGUUAAUGAAACGUUUUGGAGUCAGCGUUGAUCAUACCGAUAACUGGGAUAGAUUCUUGGUUAAAGGAGGACAAAAAUACAAGUCUCCCGGGAAUGCUUAUGUUGAAGGUGAUGCUUCGAGUGCCAGUUACUUUCUCGCUGGAGCUGCUAUCACGGGUGGGACCAUAACUGUCGAAGGAUGUGGUACGAGUAGCUUACAGGGGGAUGUAAAAUUUGCUGAGGUUUUAGAGAAAAUGGGUGCUAAGGUUACUUGGACAGACACUAGCGUGACUGUGACGGGUCCUCCUCGAAAUUCAACGGGAUUGAAGCAUUUACGCGCCGUAGAUGUUAAUAUGAACAAGAUGCCCGAUGUUGCCAUGACGCUUGCAGUUGUCGCUCUCUAUGCGGAUGGACCUACGACCAUCAGAGAUGUUGCAAGCUGGAGAGUCAAGGAAACGGAACGAAUGAUAGCAAUUUGCACAGAACUGAGAAAGCUAGGGGCGACUGUGGAAGAGGGGUCCGACUAUUGUGUGAUUACUCCACCCGAGAAAUUGAAUGUAACUGCUAUCGAUACUUACGAUGAUCACAGAAUGGCCAUGGCCUUCUCCCUUGCUGCCUGCUCGGAUGUUGCGGUUACAAUCAAGGAUCCUGGCUGCACCCGCAAAACCUUCCCCGAUUAUUUUGAAGUUCUUGAGAAGUUCACAUUGCACUAAAGCAUGUGCAAUCGAGGGGAAUGGAUGGUGUUGAGUAUAAUUGUUAGAAUAUUUUGUUAUUGUUUGUGAAGUUUUAUUGUUUAAGAAUUGUAUUGUAAUUUUUAUUUUUUUUGACCCAAUAAGAAUGUCCUUGAAAUGUUUACCUCAAUGGAAUUAUCCAAGAUUAUCUUGUGA